UCGCCCCUUUUGAUGACAGCUAAUCUGACCAAUUACACACCCGAAUAUAGGAUUACGUAAUAACAAUACAGAGGGCGGAACCAAUCGCGGGUGUUUGGGGUAUCGAGGGACGGACCUUUUUCUUGCCAAAAAGCGCGUGUUCGUCCGCGUGCUCGCCAAACGUCAAGCAGGGACAGUCACGUGACGGCACAUGCCCGCAUCUGAUUGGACGAGGCGCCCAGAGGGCGUGCCGACAGCGGCGGCGUGCGUUUGCCAGUGUGACACAAUUACAACAACUUUGAGCCGAUGGUUGGGGAAGUUUACGAUAUUAUCAAAUUACACCCUGUCGUAAAAAAGCCAACAUUGCAUCCACACUAUGCACACAUCGGCGCCGGGGAUCACGCUGUUAAAAUGAAGCGGGUGGAAGCUAACUUGAAGGGUUCGUUUCCUUGAGGAUUUGGAAAGAAAAACACGCUACGCCCCGCGCGAGUUGCUGCGAACAAGGUGUGCAACUCUUCCGUUGCUCGUGUCGUCUCGUCAGCCGGGCUCAGACCCCGUUGCUGUUUCAACUUGCCCACCAUGAAAUCGUGCGGAGUGUCGCUCGUCGCUGCCGCCGUCGCCUCCUCUUCGGCUGCUGCGCGGAGUCUGAGCGCCGCCGCUAAUGACGAGGAGAAAAUGGCGUCGGCAAAAGCGAGUGAAACCGAGGAGGACUUUCCGACGCUUACGACACCAGAGAAAGAGAGCCUGCUCGCAAUUGACAGUUCACUGUUUGGAUUUCAUAGGCUUCAAGAAGAUGGCGCCAGAACGAAGGCCUUACUGUUAAAGGCUGUUAGCUGCUAUAACAACCUCAUCCUGAAAGCAGAAGGGAAAGUAGAUCCUGAUAUUUUUUGUCAACUUGGCCAUUUCCACCUCCUGUUGGAGGACUAUCCAAAAGCAUUAUCUGCAUACCAGCGGUACUUCAGUUUACAGCCGGACUAUUGGAAGAAUGCUUCCUUUUUAUAUGGGCUCGGCUUGGUCUACUUCCAUUACAAUGCAUUUCAGUGGGCAAUCAAGGCAUUUCAGGAGGUGCUCUACAUUGAUCCCAGUUUCUCCCGAGCUAAAGAGAUUCACCUGCGACUGGGACUCAUGUUUAAAGUCAACACAGACCACGAGUCCAGCUUAAAGCAUUUUCAGCUGGCUUUGAUCGACUCGAACCUCUGCACUUUGUCCAAGGCUGAAAUUCAGUUCCACAUUGCUCAUCUGUAUGAGAUUCAGAAGAAGUACCGAGCAGCGAAAGAAGCUUAUGAAAGUCUCUUGCAGACGGAGAAUCUUCCUGCUCAGGUGAAGGCGACCACACUGCAACAGCUUGGCUGGAUGCAUCACACGGUGGAGCAGCUUGGGGAUAAAGGCACCAAGGAGAGCUAUGCCAUCCAGUGUCUGCAGAAGUCUCUAGAAGCAGACCCAAACUCUGGCCAGUCCUGGUAUUUUCUUGGCAGGUGCUACUCUAGUAUCGGCAAAGUGCAGGAUGCAUUCAUCUCCUAUCGUCAAUCCAUCGAUAAGUCUGAGGCCAGCGCUGACACCUGGUGCUCCAUAGGGGUGCUCUACCAGCAGCAGAACCAGCCUAUGGAUGCACUGCAAGCCUACAUCUGCGCUGUACAACUGGACCACAACCACGCCGCUGCCUGGAUGGACCUGGGCACGCUGUAUGAGAGCUGCGGACAGCCGCAUGACGCCAUCAAGUGCUACAUCAAUGCCACGCGCAGCAAGGCUUGUGUCAACACCGCCGCGCUCGCUCAACGCAUCAAGCUGCUGCAGGCUCAAUUGUGUAACCUACAGCCAGGUAGUCUGCAGAAUAAGAGUAAAAUGCUCCCUAGUAUUGAGGAGGCUUGGAGCCUGCCCAUCCCUGCUGAGCUCACGUCCAGGCAGGGGGCCUUGAACGCUGCACAGGCACAGCAGGCUUGUAAGGGGGAGGGAGCCCAAAGCACCAGCAAUCCCAGCGACCUACAGGCCAGUCCUGCCAAAAAGAAACGCACUGCCAGCCCAGCCAAAAGUGUUGCAGACGCAUGUGCAAACAGCGCCAUUCAACAUCCGGUCCACAGCUGGUACCUUACGCCGCAGAAGCUCCAGCUUCUGGAACACUUGCGAACCAACAGAGCCAUCCUCAAGCCCUUCCAGGUGCAGAUGCUGGAUCAGCUGGAGAACCAGUUUUCACUCAUGCAGCAGCAUCAGCAGCAGCUGAGGCAGCAGGCAAUGGCGGGUGCCCAGCUGCAGCCCAGCCUGCCUAAUGGUCCUCAGGCCAAAUCCCCCAACUGCCGUGAAGGCCUCCCCCAUUCCUCCCCCCAGAACCAUGCAGCCAUCAGACCGCCGUGUGUUGUUCAGCCCACGGCCAACGGGUCAUGCUCAAGUCCCUCAUUUGGGCCGCUCGACACCAGGUCCCCAGCAGGGGACCACGCUGCGGUGUCAGGAGGUGGCAGCACAAGUAACGGAAACGUGCCUUACGCGCAGCAGAACUCUCUACCUCACAACUGCACAGGCGUCAGUCACCCAAGCACCAGCAGCGCGAGUCCCGCUCAUCCAGACGAGACAUGGAGGAGCCCACAUAGCAACGCUAACACUCAGGGGCUUCACAAAGGUCCAGGUUCACAUUCGGCAGGUCCCAAUGGAGAACCCCCUUUCUCUUCCUCCUCCUCCUCCUCCUUCCCUCAGACCGCAUUCUCUUCCUCGGCUAUUCUCAAUCAGGUGGGACAUUCUUCUGGGCCCUGCACUGCCUCGUCCUCCGCCUCCUCCUUAUCCCCCACCUCCCCCAGGUCCACCCCCAACCACUUGUCCUCGCCUCCCCACUCCACCACUACCUCAGGGCUCCACACCAAAGACAAUGCGCCUUCCGGGGGUAACACGGGAGCAGGUGCCACUCUGCCGUUAGGUCCCGACACCACCACAGGGGUAAUCCCAAGUCCCCCCAGUGCCACUCCCGCACAGGGAUUGACUAAUCACAUCCAACUGCGGGUGACGGACAAACCUGGCUCUCCAGCCUCCGGUGCGCCUACUCUAGACAAUCCUCCAUUCUCAGCCUUGCUAAAGGGAAAAGCCAACAACACCACCACCACGAAUGACGAUAAUAAUAACUGUAGUAACCACGGAGGGCCUUUCUCAGAGAAAAUCAACAAUGUCCAUGUGGAUGCUGCCAAUGCUGUUUCGGACCACGUCUUAGCAUCCUCGCCAAUGUCCACCACGACCACCACCACCACCACCACCACUACCGCUGUGCACUCCAGCAAUAGCCUCUCCUGCCUUAAAAGCCAGACUGAUAGUCAGGGGCCCACAGUGAAUGGGAAGGAGGACUCUCGUAGCCCGCAAAAGGUGGGGACUUCUGAAGGGGCCCUUCACAGACACUUGGCCCCCGCUGGUCUGGCUCCCUGGACUUCUGUUUCCAUUUAUCCCAGCUCCAGCGAUGUGCUCAAAGCGUGCAGAAACCUGGGCAAGAACGGUCUGUCGACAAGCAGCAUAAUCCUGGACAAGUGCCCGCCGCCACGACCCCCGAGCACACCCUCUCCUCCCCUGCCAAAGGACAAACUCAACCCACCGACACCCAGUAUUUAUCUGGAAAACAAGAGGGAUGCCUUCUAUCCUCCUCUGCAUCAGUUCUGCACCAACCCUGCCAACCCUGUGACUGUCAUCAGGGGCCUGGCAGGAGCCCUCAAACUGGACUUGGGCCUUUUCUCCACCAAGACGCUUGUGGAGGCCAAUCCCGACCAUCUGGUGGAAGUGCGCACCCAGCUGGCCCAGCCCACGGAUGAGAACUGGGACCCCAGUGGCAGCCGCAAGAUGUGGCGCUGUGAGAGCAGCCGCUCACACACCACGAUCAUCAAGUACGCCCAGUACCAGGCUUCAUCAUUCCAAGAGUCGCUACGGGAGGAAAAUGAAAAGAAGAAGGAGAUGGAAGCAGAGGCAGCCUCAUCUGACAGUCGGCGGAGGAAAUGUCCUUUCAAGCACAUCAAGUUUGGCACCAACAUAGACCUCUCGGAUGAAAAGAAAUGGAAGCAGCAGCUCCAGGAGCUGACCAAGCUGCCGGCCUUUGCCCGGGUGGUAUCGGCCGGCAACUUGCUUAGCCAUGUGGGACACACCAUCCUGGGCAUGAACACGGUGCAGCUUUACAUGAAGGUUCCGGGGAGCAGGACACCAGGUCACCAAGAAAACAAUAACUUCUGUUCUGUGAACAUCAACAUCGGCCCUGGCGACUGCGAGUGGUUUGCUGUGCCUGAACCAUACUGGGGUGUCAUCAACAGCUUCUGCGAAAGGAACAACAUCAACUUCCUGAUGGGCUCCUGGUGGCCGAACUUGGAAGACCUGUAUGCGACCAACGUGCCUGUGUACCGCUUCAUCCAGCGCCCCGGCGACCUGGUGUGGCUCAACACGGGCACUAUCCACUGGGUGCAGGCUAUUGGCUGGUGCAACAACAUUGCGUGGAAUGUGGGACCUCUCACAGCCCAUCAGUACAAGUUGGCAGUGGAGCGCUACGAGUGGAACAAACUGCAGAGCGUCAAGUCCAUUGUUCCCAUGAUCCACCUCUCCUGGAACCUUGCGAGAAACAUCAAAGUGUCCGACCACAAGCUCUUUGAGAUGAUCAAGUAUUGCUUGCUGCGGACUCUGAAGCAGUGUCAGAUGCAGCGAGAACUUCUGUUGGCUGCAGGGAAGGAGCUAGUGUGGCACGGACGCACCCAGAACGAGCCUGCGCACUACUGCAGUAUUUGUGAGGUGGAAGUAUAUGACUUGCUCUUCGUAACCAGCGAAAGCAACAGCAGGAAAACCUACGUGGUGCACUGCCAGGACUGUGCCCGCAGGGGGAGCCCCAACCUGGACAACUUUGUGGUGCUGGAGCAGUACAAGGUUGAAGAGCUCAUGCAGGUCUAUGACCAUUUCACUCUGGCGAGUCCCUUGCCUUCUUCGUCUUGAUUAUGAUAAAGUUCUUAUGGACAUUGUUCAACCACAACGGUCUCUCCACGCAUCUAUUCAUUGUCGUCAUUUAGGAAGUAAGCCGUCAGUCCUCUUAAAGCACGCUCUGUAGCGUCCCCCAAGGCAGCUAGCUGUGCGUAAGCUGCGCGUCUAUGCAAUUGGCCUCCCCCCGGUGGACUGGAGGGGGAAGGCAGCUUCUCCUAAAGACUGUUCCACUGCUGGAUUCCCAACAUGGAGUCCGAGUGCUGUACAUAUUAUAAGGUUUCCAAAUCAUCUGACUACUGACUCUUUUGUUCUUGAUUCUUAUUUUGUUCCAUUUGCCAUCAGCUAGCUGGUCUUUUUAUACGUUAGUUCAAACAAAAGAACAAGUUUGUAAUGUGAACAGUUGAGUGAUGCAGUCUUUGCGACGUGUCCCUUUUUUAAUCUCUAAUUUUGCUGGAACAAUGUUGAUAAAUCAUUUGUAGACACAAAGGCCAGGUCUUCGAGAAAAAGGGUUGCACAUAGAGUUCAUUAGUGUGUUUUUUUUUCAUGUUGAUGUAAAUGUACACUAUUUAUAAAUGCAUAUUUAUUGCUUGGAAAUAUUUGUUGAUGGAAUGCUUUCAUUUUUUUUUCUCCAGAAUACCUGCCAUUACAUUUAAAGGAGCCUUGUGAUUUUUUUUUUUUGAAAAGCAGAGCUCCUAAUAUGUUUUGUAUAGAAAUAAAAGUGCUUACAGCAUUGUGCAGAGACCUGAUCUUCAAUUGUUUUUGUUGUGUGAAGGAUGUUUUAUGCGUCGAUAAAUAAAUUGUCUCUAUUUAUA